GUCUUGUGAGGGUUAAAGAAAACACAGCUGCAGGAAAGUGCUACCCCUAAUCCACAGGCUCCAGGAAGCUCUCAGGUCCUCCUUCCCUGGCUUUGGGAACCUCAAGCCUGCAGGGUUCAUCAAGCAUUAGUUUCAGAUGUUAUUUAAUUCCUACAGUUUCUUCCGUAACCAGAGCCCCAGUGGGGACAAAGGAGUUGGUGUAAACUUGCCUAGUCAGCCCAGCUCACAGAGGUCACUUGCUGUGCGAUGGAGCAGGGCACUGGGUGUAGGCUGCUGCUGCUGCUGCUGCUGUGGGGGGCAGGCUGCAGGCCUUCCUGCUCACGCCAGCUGAGCGACUACACCACGGUCAUCCAAGUGACCAACGGGGGCCCCUGGGGCGACUGGGCCUGGCCUGACAUGUGUCCCGAAGGAUACUUCACCAACGGGUUCUCGCUCAAGGUGGAGCCCUCCCAAGGUGUCCCAGGGGACGACACAGCACUGAACGGAGUCCGGUUGCAUUGCACGCGGGGGAAUGCUGAACUCAACACGCAUGUGGUGGAGUCCCAGUCUGGCAGGUGGGGCGCCUGGAGCGAGCCACUGUGGUGUCCUGGCGGCAGUUUCCUGGUGGCUUUCUCACUUCGCGUGGAGAAGUCCAUGACUCUUGGGGACAACACGGCGGCCAACAACGUGCGCUUCCGCUGCUCAGACGGCACGGAGCUGGAGGGCCCUGGACACAGCUGGGGCGUCUUUGGAGACUGGAGCGACCCCUGCCCCAAAGGCGUGUGCGGCCUGCAGACCAAGGUGGAGCGGCCCCGGGGCCUGCGCGACGACACUGGGCUGAACGACCUGCGCCUCUUCUGCUGCCGGAACUGAUUCCAG